AUGAGAUCCCGUAAUAGGGAGAUGUUCAAAGUCGGACCAAUUGGGUCAAACCGUGAUUAUCAUAAGAGUUGGGACGAGAAGGGACGUAACAUAAUAUCUAGUAUAUAUGUUGCUUUCGACGAAUAAUCCAUCAAAUGUAUUCAGUUUAGCUAUUUUCAGAACGGAAUUCAUGUCGUGUCUGAAAAGUACGGUUCGUCCAAAGGUCGAUCCUACGAAAUAGUGAGACUGAAUGACGAUGAGUAUGUGACUGCGUUGAGUGGAAUAUAUUAUGAAAGAAAGAUCACGUCUUUGACAUUUCACACUAAUCAGGGGAAACACGGGCCGUUUUGUGAUAUACCUGGAUAUUCAUCAAUUAUUGUGGCUGGACGUACGAGGAAAAUUGAUGUGAAGAUACGUGAUCGUCGUGAGUUUGGUGGUUUCUUUGGGUCUUUUGAUGACUUUGGCGAUCUGACUUCCAUUGGAAUUUAUGUUUAUCCCACGUACCAUAACAAGCCCACUCUCAAUCAAGCAUGGGAUCCUCUAUAUACAUUCGCUCAUAAACGUACACUCAAUUACCAAAUCCCUACGAUCGUGGAUGGUAUUCCUGUUAAACACAUCCGUUAUAAGCCCAAACUCAAAGACCGGAUACUUUCCAAGUUGGAUUUCAAAAGUGCUAUGUGGUGCCUCAUAAAAGCUUUCUUGGAUUAA